GCUCCUCCCCUUGGUCCUCUCGGCAUCUCUCCCACGCUCCAGCUCCCCCAGAUCCUCCCGGGGAACGCAAACACCGCUCGGCUCGGUUUCUCCGUGUGAGCCAGCCACUUGACUCGGUACUUUUCCGUGUGUUUGUCUACCUGCGGCGGCGGCGGCGGCGGCGGGAACAGCGGAGGUGGGAGCGCGGAGUCCUCUGACCCUCUGUCGCCCACUCGCCUUCUCCAGAGGAGAGGGGGGAGAUAUGGAUGGACUGCGCUUGCCUCCACUCAUAGAAGAGGCUCUGGACUCCACAGAUGAUCCCAGCGAUCUGAAAGCCACCAGCAGCCCGAACAUGGACAACGAGAUGACGGCCAAAGAGAGAGGCGUCCUAGAGGAGGACAACGAGAAGGAGGAGAUGGACCAGGAGCGGUCCCAGGAGGACGAGGGGGAAGAGAGGAAGCUGAGAGAGGAGGAAGGGGAAGAGGAAGGUUUGGAGAAGAGGAGGAAGGAGCAGGAAUUGCUGACGGAGGAGCAGGAGCUGGAGGAGCUGAAGGGCCAGGUUCUGCAGCUGCUGCUGGAGCUGGACGAGGCCAGGGAGACGUCCAACAAACACCAGGAAAGUUUCCAUGAGUUGCAAGGUCUGCUGGAGGAUGAGCGAUUGGCCAGCGCCCAUCAGGCCGAGGCCUUCACUCGACAGAUCCAGAAUCUACAAGCCCAGCUGCGCUCUGUGCAGGAGGAGAUGAACAGUUUGGAGGAGGAGAAGGAGAGCGAGCUGGCCGAGGCCCAGGAGGAGCUGCGCGUGGCCCAGGAGGAGGUGCUCCUGCUCCAGCAGGCGGCGGAGGAGGCCGCCGCCGAGCGCGAGAACGACAUCGCGUCACUGCAGGAGGAGCUGUGCCGCCGGCGGGCCGAGCUGCAGCGCCUGACCGAGGAGACCCAGGAGUACGAGCUGGAGAUCACGACGCUGAGGGCGGAGAUCAGCAUGAAGAGCCAGCGGCGGGAGGCCGAGAGGAGAGGAGAGGGUGAUGUGGACCUGCUAAAGGAGGAGUGCCGUAUGCUGCGGGAGGAGUGUCAGACCCUGAAGGAAAAUAACAGGGGGCUCACGGAGAAGCUGCAGCUGCUGCAGAGACAGAGAACAUGCUCCAGCGUCUAUCUGUCACUCAAAGAGGAGGAUGCGGUGGAGGGCGAAGAAGAGGCGAAGGAGGGCGAGGUUGGCUCAGGCGAGGUCACGACCGGGAGUUACAUGACCAUGACCCAGUCUGAGAACUGUCGCCUGGUGGACGCCUCCAUCCAGAAGAACAUCUCUUUCGACGGGAAGCCGGUGACGCCGACAAGCUGGAACGGCGGGAUCGGGGAGAUCUUCUCGCUGAGAGACCAGCUGAAACAGGCCGAGGAGAAGGCCUCGCAGGUUCAGAGAGAGUGUGACGGUCUGAAGAUGGAGCUGCAGGAGCUGCAGAUUCUGUACGACAGCAGUCAGAGGGAGAGGGCGGAGCUGGAGGAGGAGCUGCAGCGCUGCAAGGCGGAGCUGCAGAAGCUGUCAGGGGGUUCGCAGGGGAGUGAGGUAGGUUGGAACUCCAUUGUGACUCUCUCCGCAGCCACAGCCCUGCUACUGGCUAUGGCCGGCUUGUUGAGAGCUCUCGUCCGGUGCUGAUUGGAUGGGACGGACGUCCGCUUCGGACCAGCCUGCGUUCUCGCCACCUAAGCCGACUGAACUGAAAUCACUUCUUUGCAACACGUGAAAACGUGGGAAGUUUGUUCUCCAGCCAGAUGGUACACGAAAACACGGACUGGGAACGACGGGCUCAGUCUAAGCGCCGCGGCCCGAAACGAGAAGUAAUCCGUUCAAUAGACGUGCACUUGUGUCGUGACAGUCCUCUGUGAAUAUGAUCUUCUUCUCUUUUAAUGUGUGACAUGUUUGUUCUUAUUAUUCCCUAGUUAGGAUGCAAUUCAUUUGUAAAGUUGAAUAAUUUAAUUUUAUGUUUCUUCUUGUGUUAGGUAGGUGUUUCUGAUAACAACGAACAUAAUCCUCUGUUAAGUUUGAACAAAGCGAGCUUAAAACGUGACAUCCAGUUGGUUUACACUCCUGUAUUUAUAAAUCGCUCCUUUUUAUCGCAAAACUCCAAUAACGAUCCUCAUAUGGAUGAAGUCAGCUCCUCUUUCGCCUUUAACUCUCAAUCGUGUAACAAAGCGCUCUGACUUGAGUUCUCGCACUUCAAACUUUCUGCAUCAAACUCCCACAGUGAGAUUCUCUGAAGUUUAUCUUUCCUCACCAAAUAUUUCAUCGGCUUUCCGAAGAAACUAGGAGUAAACGGUCUAAUUGAUGGAGAAUGGGAUCAAAUAGUUAAUUUAUUUCAGCAGUUUAGUUGAAAAAUGGGGAAAAUUCAGGGGUUUUAGAGAUUAAUUACACACAGAGGAAUUUGUUUGAUGUCUCUUUGUCUGUUGAUUUUGAUGAUUAUGGCUUAAAGCUGAUGAAAACCCCAAAUUCUGUUUAUUUGAAAGCUUGAAUAUUGUUUUAGUCUCAUAAACGGCCUUUAGUGCAGAAAAGCCGACCCGCUAAACACUAUGCCCAGGUCCUAUGCAGGGCUUGAAUUGCCACUUCAUGGAUUGACUCUGGGCUUUUGGUCAGGCCAGCUUGCUGACAUUAAAUCAGCUACUGAUUUGGCAGCGAGGGGAGGAAAUGUGCGUCU